AUGCUGUGCCUCGCCAGACUCCCGCGAUCCGAGCGCUUGGUCUUCUACACGGUGAGCAAAGCGUUCUAUCAACUGGUGCGCAGUGGGAAGCUCGAGAGCUGGAGGCGCAGUGUCGGCGUCGUUAUGGAGCGGCAUUGUUUUGUUUGCCUCACCACUCCAGGAGGAGGUUGCUGCUGGAAGGGCGUCUGCCUGGAUACAGGGAAAUGGUGGCCGCUUCCGCCUCGAGCUCAAGACGGUGACGAGCUUUUCGGGAGCGUUAUGACUGGAACGCAGCUCCUGGUGCUGGGACGCCACAGCCUGUGGACUUACUGCUUGAGAUCUGACAAAUGGCUCGCUCCUGCCACCCCUCCUGCGUACGAGUGUGCCUUUGGCAGUAGCGAGCACACAGCAUUUGUUGCGGGCGGGAUCGACGAGCAAGGCUUUGCUUCCACAGCCGCUGCAGUGUAUACAAGCACCACGUCGUCGUGGAAGUUCCUCCCAGACACGAAUAAGGCAAGACGAUCUUGCUCCGGAGUGUGUAUGGACGGGAAGAUCUACGUGCUUGGAGGGGUCUCCCAAACAGGCCUGCCAAUGUACUGCGGGGAGGAAUUCGACCCGGCGCUCAAAAGCUGGACAGUGAUCGACAAUAUGGUGCCUUGGUCUGAGCAUCACAUGCGCCCUCUCGUCACGGUGCUGGACAACGAGCUGUUUGGUCUGAACACUAGAACUAAGAGCCUCGUGAUUUAUUGCAAGCGAAGCAAUACAUGGAAAGCUAUUUCCAGAGCUCGGAGUUACGCUGAGCUUCAAUACAGAGCGAGGGGUGAGUCCAACAGCUGGGACGUGGCUGGAAAUACACUUUUUACUUCUAUAAAUGGGAGUUUGAUCAUCAUAAAUGGAAGGUACACUUUUUACUUUUAUAACAGGGAGCUUCAUCAUUGUCCUGGGAGCCACCGGAGGAUGUCCUCCAGCCUCUGCUGGAAGGAGGCAGUGACCAGGAGGACGAGGAGGAGGAAACGCUCCCUGGGCAACGAUGGAGAUUCCAGGCGGGUUGUGCAAGCUGUGUGCUGUGAUGGCUGGAUAGUGUUCUGCAAGCUGUGCUGA